AUGAUUCUCGACCAAGCAUUCGAUUCGAAAGGCCAAUUCACACUCCGGGCUCCGGUACGAUUCAUACGCGAUCGCAUUCUAGACACGGAGUGGAAGAAGAAUUAUGCCUGGAGACCUUUUCUUGACCCACUCAUCAUCGGAUUAGGAGACCAGCAGCUCAUUACUGGCUACGCGGUGUUGCUCAGCGGCUGGAUAAAGGUCUUCCAGAAUUCGUUCGAAGUCCAAGGUGCCCAUUUCGUUCUUGUCCUCUACAUCUGCGCUCUGUCCUCCUCAUCGCACCUUGCCGCCCUGAUCACGCUGCGCAAGUACUUCCGGCGCUACCGUCUCAUCGCCAAGAUCCGCCUUACACUCGUCAUAGUCUUUGCAUGUUUUCUGCUCGCGUCCAUGAUUGCGGCCAUCAGGGCUCGUCCUAAGCUUGAAAGAAGAAGCAAAUCCAUGACCGUCCCAGCAAAUUUCGGAAUUGGCUUGUUCUAUGUACUCUUCCUAAAUCCUCUCGUUGCGUUUAUCAUCCAGCUUAUUCUGGCCUUGCUAUCGACCAUUUUGGUACUUAGUCAGAAGUUUUCGGUGCCCGAGGAAGCAGGCAAGUGGUGUGGACUACAAGAUGAAGCCGAGAAUGAGUGGGGUUUUGGGCAGACGCUGAGUGUGGUGAUGCUGCUGCUUCCGGCAAUGAGUGCGGCGCAGGCAUACUUGGAGGGGAGGCAGCAUAUCCAAGAAGGAAAGAAACCUUGA